AUGCACCGUAUAUCAGAAGGUCAACAUGUUCUCUCCCUUGACCAGGAGCGCAAGCUAUCUGGCACUCUGGCUUUCCUUGCGCAUAAUCAAGAAGGCGCUGAACAUAUCCCGGCAGUGUGCAUUGGGGAAGAUUCAGCAGCGGGCUUUUUGAAUGUGAUAUUUGCAGUCAAUAAGGCCAAAUAUUCUGAUGGGAACGAUGUGCUUCACUCUAUCCAGCAGGGUUUUGAUGAGAUCUUUGCACUCCUUGCGCGGGUGCCUACCGAACACUCCCAAAGCCUUAAAAACCAAGUUUUCUACAUGGUCGUCUCGAUGUGUUCAUCUCGUAUCCUUUCCCGACUGCGGUUGGGUCCUACUGGGUGCAGAAAAAUGAAGAGAUCUUUCAAGGAUACUCUGCAGGAGCUGACCAUGGCUCUUACGCAUAUCAGCCGGGACAAACUAAAAGAUAGAAGCCUAUUGGAAGCUGUAGAUAUGUUAUUGACCAGGACUAAGGAGGUUAGGAAAGUCGUUGAUUUAUGGUCACGACAUCAGGUCACCGCACGACUAAUAGAGCUUGUGGAGAGUAUCUAUCGCAUACAGCAGAUCGAACAGCUUCAGCGCAUUAUCGACGUUAUACCAAAUAAUCAUAUGGAGCCUAGCGCCAGAGACAGUUUUAUAAACAUUGUUGGGAAAGUCUCCCGAUACCGGGAAGCUGCUCGAUUCUUAUACCGCACGGCAAAGAAUGUUCCUUUAGCUCGGAACAUGCGGACGGUACCUGUCCACCUGCCCGAAGAGGCAUUCACGACUCCUUCCAUCGACUCAUACACCCCGAAUCUGCUCGUUAAAGUCACCGAGGCCAGCGCAAAAGGAAGACAACAGAAGCUUCUGAAAGAGAUUUGUCGCGUGCUCGGCUUGAGUGAGCAACAGGCCAGAGACCAAUACUGCCGGCAGGUAAUGAAUAUCUUAAGACACGCAAAAAUCCAUUCCGAGGUCCAGAUCAUUGCAUAUUUUGAAUUGCACCCGCCGCUGGCUCUCCCGCGAGUUAUCUGUUCCAGUAAAGAUGCUUGCUUUCUCUGCAACCUGUUCAUCAAAGCACAUGGCAAGCUACAUACUCCCCGAUCCCACGGAAGGCUCUAUCCUGGAUGGCGUUUGCCUUGUCUGCCACAGCUUCAAGAAGUAGAACAAAGGUUCUGCGAAUCAUUGCAGGGCAACUUUCAAAUAAGUUGUACUACGCUACUUUCGACAAAACAGAAAGUCCUUCGUCCGUACCCAGUUGAAAGUACACUAUUCACCCUCCCUGCAUCUGGUACAACUACGUUGACUACCACUACACUGGAAGGAAGUGGCAUUACAAAUGCCGGUCCACCGGCCCAUGAGACCGCAUCCUUCCAACCAGAGCUAAACCAAGAUCCUGACCCAAACGAGAGCAAGGGAUCAGUCAAAAGAUUGGAAUGUACAGAAUGUACAAAUUCUGUUUCCGAUCUUCCCGAUAAGUCCGCCUCCUGCAUAACAGAAGCAAAUCCUGGACCUGAAAGCAAUGCAAUCAUACUUCAAGGUUCCGGAAUCUCUGGAAGCGUGGGCCCCAAAGAGACAUCUGAGCCUUAUUCUGCUGGGCCCAUGGAGAUCGUCGUCGAGGAUAUCGCAGGCUCCAGUAACCAUUCUUAUCGUAUUGAAUGGCUUGACGACAAGGAGACUAAAAAGGCACGAGAAGGAGCCCUUCUCAUUGACGUUGAAGAAAUCGAGGAGGAGAUCACCCUUUGUGAACAUAAUCCUCUGUACAUGACCGCCAGGGGUGCAAUUUUAAGACUCAGUUGGACCAGUGAGAAAGCACGGUAA